CCCACCCAUUCACCCCGACUCCCAAAUAUUAGAAUGCGACUUGGAGUUUUGUCGACCAGAACCCAAGCACCAAACCUGAAGUCUGUGGGAAGAGAAUCUCGGUUGCUCUUGGUUCCUGUGGUGCCAAUCUAGUCCAUUCAUUCACCCUUCCUUUUCUACGAAAGCAAUACGGCGUUCAGAGUAGUAAACGCCAGGAGUAUCACCAAGGUCAUACCACCCAAAACAUCACUCAACACCAUGUCAGAGCCGAAAACAAUCAAAGUGACCCUGUCACAGAUAGCCAAAAUGAUUGAUCACUCCCUUUUACAUCCGACCAUGACGGACCAGGAAAUUCAAGCCGGACUGGAAAUCGCGAAGAAGUACCAGACAGCCACGGCUUGCGUCAAGCCGUAUGCAAUCGCGCAGGCGAAGGGCGCCCUGGAGGGAUCAGGCGUUGCGGUCUGCCCCGUCAUUGGCUUUCCCGCUGGCAACAGCACGAUCGAAGUCAAGGUUUUUGAGGCAGCGAAGGCCGCGGAAGCAGGGGGCACAGAGGUCGAUAUGGUGGUCAAUAUCGGCAAAGUCCUCUCCGGUGACUGGGAGUACGUCGCCGAGGAAAUCGGAGCAAUCAACGCGGCAGUGCGGGACAAAGGGGCGAUCCUGAAGGUCAUAUUCGAGAACGAUUUUCUACGGGACGAGCACAUCGUCAAGCUGUGUGAGAUCUGUUCGGAGCUUGACGUCGCCUUCGUCAAGACGUCGACGGGCUAUGGAUUCGUCAAGCAGCCCAACGGCAUGUACGCGUACAAGGGCGCCACCGUACCUCAUUUGAAGCUCAUGAGAAGGUACGCUAAACCGGGCAUCCAGAUCAAAGCCGCAGGGGGAGUCCGCACGUUGGACGAUUUGCUCUAUGUCAUGUCCAUUGGCGUCACAAGGAUAGGAGCCACUGCAACAGUUGCGAUUCUGGAAGAGGCGAAAAAGAGAGGGAUAGGCGACGAACCGGUUGAGGUGGAAGUCAAGCCCAUGGCUGGAGCUGCCACCAAUGGGGCGGCUUAUUAGAGCUGUAGAGGGGGUAGCCAUUCGGAAUGGGCUUGAAGCGCGCACAGACAGCAGAUAGCAUGAUCUACAUGAAUAGAAUGAUCACCCUCAACA